GGUGGUAUUUCCGGUAUAACUGAUCAGGGUUGUUCUGAAAGCAAGUCAAUUGGUGCUUUGGAAAGUGAGUGCCAGAGGCUAGUCACUGCUUGGUUUACAGAAGGGAAGGAAGAAAGAGAUACCGAAGCAGAUUCAGUAUAGAAAAGAAGAAAUUGAUACCAUUCAUUCCAGCUUAUUUGAUACCCACUUAAAGUUUCUAUCAAACCAUGUCUUUUUCUUCGAACGUCAAUCUCGUAGGAAUUUAGAUUGGAAGUGUGGUAUUGAAGGGCGAAGCCUUUACUCUUUUACUUGUUUCUUUGAAUAUAAUAUAACAUAGUAUUGACUACGCACUUCGAAAGAUAAUGGUGUAUUCCGAGGAUCAGUCCGUUUUUUAUUGAAUUCGCAAAUUGAUAGAUCUGGAUGAUUAAAAGAAUGAUUCUUCCCUGGGUAUUUCCCCGCUACCAUUAUGGAAAUUGGAGCUUUUCAAUUCCAUUUUGGAGAUGCUCGUAACGAUUUUUUUCUUUUGGGUGGGCAAGAAAAGGAUUUGACUCUUGAAGAUAUCAACUCAUACGCCUGCUCCAUACAUUAAAAAACAUUUUGGGUACUUUCUAUUAGAAUGGAUAAAUAGAAAUGGGUACAUUCCUCUUUCUCUUUCCUGGCCAAACUACCAAAAAAAAAGAAGAGAGAGAGCUGUAAGAGCGGUAAAAGCAAGCUCGGUGGCCCGGUUCACUACAGGUUGAUGUAUCCUUUUGAAAGAAAAGUCAAUCUCUCUAAAAAAUAAGCACUUCAACAAGUCAGGGCCCUUUUUUAUACAACUCCUAUGCGUAAUUGAUAGCUUUUUGGUAUUCUCCAUAUAUACUACUAGGUACGAAAUAACAGGAAAGAUAGAAAUAGUGACUUUGGCUUCAAAUAGAGAGCAGCUUAAAGGGAAGGAGGACAGCUCUGAAAAAAUAACUGAACACUGGCUAGGAACUGGGCUGCACUAAGCCCGGCACUUUUUGGGCUUCUUCAUGAAUCUCGUUUUCAGGUAAGGUCAGACUUAUUGAAUAUAUAUCUGAAAGAAAGCAAAGGAAUGAAUCGUUUUUCCAAUUACCUUCUCUCGAAAACCAUAGAUCUUCUGGUUACCAUUGACUAUCCGGCACUUUCGUCUGUAGAGCGAAGCAAGAAAUUGCAUGGAAGGGCUUGCCCUGCUAAUAUCAGCCUUGUUUGGAACAAUAGAUGCAAUCCAUUUCAGUGUAUGUCACUGAGUUCACCAUUGCAGUUGAGACGUCAGGCAAUUGAGCGUUCCCUAGAGUUUGGUUCAAAGGCUAAGGACUCCCCGCCGCCUUCAUAAGGGCACUAAGGCGGAGCACGGAAAAGAAAAUGGGGCACCCAUGUUUUACCAGUCCCGGAUCUCAGGGCCGUUUUGCACAUGAACGAAAUCGAAUUUCAUUGCGGGAAAUUUGGAUUUCAUGAGGGAGGAAAAGGCAAGGCGGAGGGUGGAGAGUCGUACAAUGCAUUGGUGGGAUGAAGGUGCUAGCUUGGCUGAGAUAGGAAGUUUCGAUGUGUAUGUAGAUUUGGUUCUAGUGCCCCCACCCUUUUCGAGAUCUGUCAGGAUUUAAAAGAUGUUAUAGUGUAAACUAUAGAGAAAUGGAAUGAAUGAAAUGUAUCUAAGAAGAAAGGAAGCCAUGCUCCAUCCUGUUUAUAAAAAGAACAUCACCUCCCUUCCCUUUUUGGUUAGAUACCGCUCCGUUAGGUACUAAUGCUUCUACCUAUCACCCUCCGGGUGAGUUUGAGAGCUGUGUUUUUUCCAACGUUAAUAGCAUUCCGCGAGAAAAGAGAAAAGUCAUCUACUGAUGUUGUCAGCGGAGUCCCUCGUCCAUCCAUGUAUGAAUAGCGGUAUCCCCCAUUUUGGACAGUGAUGAGGUAGUCGACGCAAUUUGCAUGUGUAUUUGCGUUCGGCUUUGCUACUUUCCUUCUAGACUAUAAAAGAAUGUCCGCGGAAGGGAAUAGUCUACGUGGCCCGGGCCCGGGGUAGUCUUUCAAUUCCUUUAUCGGGUGGGAGAGUUUAGAACCUGUUAAGCCAAUAGCUGCAGCUUUAGUCACACUAGCUACAUCAGUGGAUCAUGGAUUUAGCAUACCACCUCAGAAUAGUCUACGUGGCCCCUACUUUUAUUUUACUACUUUUUUUUCCAGUAAUGCAGACAGCCCUUUUUAAAGCGCUAGGCCGGGCAGUUGGUACGAAAACAGAACCAUUAGUGGAGUAAGAUCCCGAUCAAAGCAGAGCGGUCUAAUCGAAAUAAUCAUAUCUAAGAGCAGGCAGGCACACGACUGGAUAUCAAAGGUGGGGCUCCCCUCCUCUACUCUACUCUACUCUACUAAAUGAAAUGAAAUAGUAUUUGUAUUUGGGUCGUCUUUGUGUUCGAUUCGAAUAGAAGCGCCAUUGUCAUCCGCUGCAGUUCUUCAUAGUCCGUCCUAGUAAGCUGGUAGGUUGGUGGAUGUGAACAUAAACUCCUCAUAUUUCCUACUGUUGCUUCCUGUAUAAAGGAAGAGUUGUCAGACAAUGAUACUCUUUCCAAAUCUGCAAUCUUCGUCGUUGUAAUGCCUCAGUCAUCAAUAGUAGAUAGUUGCUCAACUAUGCAAUAAGGAUUUUCCUCUCCUCACAGAUUGGAGGACUUUCACUUGACUCACUAGUGGGUUUUGCCUCGGGAAACAAGAAUAUGGAUUUGAGCAAGUCUGUUUUCCCAUGGGCCUACUACCUGCUAUUUUCAAAGCGUAGAGGACCCGCCUUUCUGAUCAAAGUAUGCUUCCCUUAUGGGCGAAACCACUGAAUCGGACGGAUCCUUUUUUCUUGGAUUGACCAGGCCAGCUUCUCCACCCAAUUCUUUUCUUACGAGACGAGAUAGGCACAGUGUCAGGGUCAUGUGAUGUGAAUGGUUUGUUUGAUCUGUUUCUUGUCCCUAUGGGUUCGAUUGGCAAUCAGGAUAUCGGUCGCUUGGCACUAGUCGAAUAGGCGAUUCAGUCGUGAUAGUGCCAUCCCUUGCCCCUUGGAGUGAGUUGAAAGCACUCUUCCAGCUCUUGAUUCGCGGAAUUCAUUACGAAGCAAGAUUUCAUUUCAUUUCCAUUUACGUCAUUAGCAAAACAAGCAAGAUUCACCUCAGGAUACGACGAAUUCUGGAACACUUCCUUGAUUGAUAUAUGCAUUUUCUAGAGCAGGCACCAUUGACUGCUUCUUCAACGUCUAUACUAUACGAGACGAGACGAGUUAUUGUACGAGUCAAGCUUGCUCCAGACCAAGCUCACUUUACACGGGCUUAGAACUCAACCUGACCCAACAAGAAAACGGAUAGACGCAGCGCAACGGCUUGAUAGCCUGACUCAGCAAGAGGCGAGGAUGCACGUGACUAACUAAAACAGCUUUCGCGCUAUCAACUUCUUUGAUCGAACCUGGCCUGGCGAUUGAAGCAUUCGAGAUAUAGAAGAAACUGCCCAAGUCAACCGGAUAUUCCAAAGCAAGGGUUAUGAAUCAAAAGAGAAGUGCCAGCUGGAUCUCUGGUUCAAAGUUCAGGGCAUGGAAUUGAUUCGUAUGCUCGUUCUCUCGCUGAGCAGAACCAUCUCUGUCUGAGAAGACCCAGUCUCCCAGUGUUUCUAGAAAAGGAAAUCCCAUUCGUCAACCUAAAUGGAAGGGCAGGUAAGGGAAGGCCAGCAGGAAAUUCAGUAAGUAAGGUAUCUCAGUGCCAGUGCUCUCCGGUUUCAAGUUGAUGCGGGCAGUCGUGGGGACAGGCAAAGCUGGGAUGCCUUACUAGCAGGAAUGAAAAGGUAUGUAUGAACCAACAAAGGUCAAGUAGACGAACACAUAUCCACUCCACUAGAGAAAGCGUCGAACCAGGGAAGAAUGAAUGGUUAGAACCAGUCAAGGGUGCCGUACUCAUGCCUACGGGGAAAGAGACUGAUCCGUAUCUGAUACGCCUUCACUUCUUUCGAGCUUCUUAUUCGAUUUCUUAAAUGACUUCUUCGGGCCUUACCCUAGACUACCUUCACUUAACUUAAUGCAGAAGCCAGAGUUCGAGGAAAGCGGUAGUUGGUUAUUUCGGGAUGAAUUUCUAUUUCUAAAAUGUGGAUGAACAUAAAUGGACGGAAACGAGAAAAAUGCAUAAUUCAUAUAAGUUCAUUCGAAAGAAUGAGGAUUCAUGAUGUCUCUUCCCAACCAUUCUUCCUGAGGAAGGCACCUCCGAUCGAGUCCUUAGCGCCAUGGAUAUUCUUCGCAGUGCCUUUGGAUGCUUCUCAGAAACCGCCUCUUUCCACUGGCUAUAUGAAAUUCCAAAUGAGACUUCCCUGCGUCGCCAAAGGAAUGGGAAACUUCUUGGUUCGAAACCUUUGAUCCUAUGCCGCCUGUCUGAAAAUAAAUAUAAGCAAGGCACCUAUGACUACGAAUCCGAAGGCCAAGCAUGCGGAUUUGACAUGGUUUCCCACUUUUCUCAGAGUCACUGGGCAAUAGAAAAGUAUACAAGCACAUUUCCAAUCUACAUAAAGAUACCAACCAGGUAUCUACUUCAAAGACAGGGCGUCGGCGAUCCUCUACUAUUAAGAGACAGAUAACAAUGGUGCCGACAGAGAUGGACAGAACUGCAGAGAAUACCUCUCCGGAGAAGUCCUUACAUGUCUCAAACUAAAUAAAUCCAACCAAUAGUGAAACUGAAACAAAAAACACGUCUCUUACACACGAGAGACACUGUUGAGUCUCUCUAUACUAUUUUCAGUAUAGAGUCGGGGUACACUCAACAAAGAAAAAUCCCGAACAAGAACAAAGAAUGGAAGAUAUUAUGAGCACGAUUCGCAUAUUGUUGCCCUUGCGUAAGCAGAUUACCGGAUAUUUUGACAAACCGAGCCUUUCUCUUAAUCGAGAUUCUACUAAUGAGUUCUUAAGCACCUUUCUAAAAACUUACAUCGAGGAUAUUCAUGAUUUCCAUUUCAUCGAUGAAGAUCCUAUAGAUCGGGGAGAAUCCUCUUUAUCAUUAGACAAUAAGAAUACAACUUAUUACGAGGCUGAUGCAAGUGAUGAAGAAAUGGAUAUAACAGAUGGGAUAGAGGGAAUCAUAGGGGGUACUAAUCGAGGCCACAACGGUGGUGGCGACGGUGAAGCUCUAUUCAUUCAAAUAAGCAGGUUACUUAUGAAAUAUAUAAAGUAUUAUAUACUCAACAUAACACAUACCUAUGAUGCCAUGCCUUGGUGGGUAAGCGGGAUACCAUGGUGGAUGGCUGAGAGUAUCCUCACACUCUUAUCGUUAGUAUGUAUACAUUCUAUACUUCAAUUUAAUCCUCUUAUCUAUAAGGGCAAUCGAUGUGAUAUUAUUUAUAAGGUGCCGGAUAUUACAUUAAUAGGAAUAACCAACCAUAUAACAAAGGAACCAAUUAAACAGCUACAAUGGCUCUAUUCUCUGACACCUGAUAACUAUCCUACUAAAUGGAUCUAUAGACUAAGAAAUCUCUUUAGUUAUGAUGAGAAUAUUCCAUAUAGGAUAGGAUUUCUAAGAAUAAAGUGUUCUUUAGGCUUACGGAGUAUAAAAGGCUUAGUAUUAAGUGAUUCUGUAUUAUAUCAAUAUGCCCAUUUGGGAGCUGGCCUCAAAUCUCUCAUUCCGCAAUCUAGAGUAGCCAUUUUCAUGCAAGUUGCAACUCGUCAUUUUGAUGAAAGGCAUCGUAAGUAUCUCUACGGUUUCUUUAAUAUACUUGUGUAUUCUGGCGUAGGAUUAGUUGUUUGGUACUAUAUCACACCACACCUUAUACCUGAUUUAGGAUUCUUCCGCGGGGUAAACCUAGAUUCUUUUAAGGACCCAGCUUCGGUUGUUGAUGGGUACAAGAGGGUUUCGUACAUAUUUACAAAAGACGUCGUUAAGACUGUGUUAAGAACUUGUCGAAAUGAUACUUUUUUUCACAAUUUACUAAAUGAGGAAUCAAUCCAAUUUUUUGAUAACGAAAUUAUCAGCAUAACCGAUUUGAAUUCAAACAGACACCUUAAUCUAGAUCACUUCGAGGAGGUUGAAGCUAACAAGCUAGAUCUAGUAGCGUGUAUUGCAGUAGGUAUUAUGAGUGCUACCUUUAUAGCUACCAAUCUUCUUCCUCCUGGUACUACUACGAUAGUCCAAUGAAUAAGGAGA